UAAGGAGUGGAAUAACCCGAGGAAAAAAGAGGAAGACCACACUGCUUUAGCCGUAUCACGCAGUGAACCCUCUACCUCGAAGCUCACGGCGUGAUAUGUACGUCAGAAACUCGGAUGCACGGUCUCGUGAAAGGUCCUGUAAGAGGAAUCCUCACGUGGACGCAGCUGGAGCAUGAAAACAUCUCAGGAUAGCUCCGCUCCUCUUUCUCCACCUCAUUGACAAUUUACAGUAGUGGUGUACCAACGCACACGCCGGUGUUUUCAGCAAUUGGACUGAAUAUGUACCAGGGACAUUCACAGGAGAAAGACUCUAGGGCGGUUGCUAUGGUGCUGAAGGAGCUACCAAGUAAGGCAUCCUCAGAUGGAAAACCCCUGCUCACCGUGACAACCAAGUUGUGUAGUGAGCAGCAAGAGAGCCGUCCGUUACUCAGCCCUUCUAUUGAUGACUUCCAGAGUGAGAGCAAGAGUGAUGGAGCCACACGGCCAGUCACCUCUAACACAGCAGUCUUGUCCACAGCACUAGACUUGGUGGACUUGCGUGAACCUUGUGAGAGAAGGUGGAGUUGGGACAGAUGGAGUCCCCAUGGGUCUCGUAAGAAUGGUUUCUCUAAGAGUAGCCUUCGCAAGAAGAAGACUGAAGAGACUGAACUAAUCCAGGUGGAGACAGAGCCAUCAUCUCCCAGCCGUUCUAACCCAGAAAGAGCCUCAUUAGAUUCAGUGAGCAGCUUUCCCUUGGAGAAAUGGGAGGAGGUGAGCCUUCACCCAGACAGUGCCUUGAAUGGAGGGCGGAAGUGGAGAUAUGAGAGGAAGAGGUGCACCUCCAACCAUUCAUCUAGUGAGCUUUUGUGGUCUGCAGACUUUAAAACAGAUUUCUCUAACAGGCAUAGUGCCCUGGAGCUCAGCAUUAGCACGGAGUCAGACCCUGGGCCGGCCCCUCAGCGGCAGAGGCCCCAGCUGGGUGGUACUUUACUGGGGAGACAACACUCAGAGGAGGAGUUUGUUCGAGCCAAGGCUGCUGUGGAGUCAGACACUGAGUUCUGGGAUAAAAUGCAGGCAGAGUGGGAGGAGCUGGCACGGAGGAACUGGUUGGAGGACGCUGACAGUGAAGGCCUGGUUCCACUCAACUUUUCACCCACUGAGAAGGGAUACUACUUCCAUACCAGUAACCCUUUCAAAGACUACACCAAUGCCUUUGAACAGGGGCUGCAGAAAUGCAGGGAUGGGGAUCUGAAUAGUGCUGUACUACUACUGGAGGUGGCCAUCUUACAAGACCCUCAAGACUCAGAGGCUUGGCAGGUUUUGGGUACCACACAAGCAGAGAAUGAGAAUGAGCAGGCAGCCAUUGUUUGUCUUCAGAGAUGUUUGGAACUGCACCCAAACAAUCUGAAGGCCCUGAUGGCCCUGGCAGUGAGCCUGACCAACACGGGACAGCAGCCGGAAGCCUGUGAGGCUCUCCACCGCUGGAUCAGAUACAACCCCAGAUACAGACAUCUACUCCAGGACCGCAGCCCUCUAGACGGUUCCCCAUUGCCUCGCCGCAGAGGGUCCUCCAUAUCCCCCAUCUCCACUCUCGGAUGCUCUCAGCUGGUGGAGGUGUUGGAGCUCUAUCAGGAAGCAGUGCAGCAGAACGCUGAAGGAGUGGACCCUGAUCUCCAGACAGGCCUUGGUGUGCUCUUCAACCUCAGCUCAGAGUUUGACAAAGCUGUCGAUGCCUUUAAUGCUGCACUUUCUGUCCGACCUGAGCCUCCCCCAUCCAGCCCCACCUUGUCACCAGCAGCUCUCAGUGUAGACGUGCUGGCUGUUAACUAA